AUGUCAGCUCGUGUGGCUGGCUAUGCGGCCAUCGCGUUUUCGAUCUCCUCGUUGAUUCUUGUCGCCUUGUUUGUACCAACGCUUUAUGAUAAAGUCAACAACAUUACCGGAGAGCUUUAUGAUGAUAUGAGCGAAUUCCGGGAUCUUCACAACGAGGUGUGGUCGAAUAUGCGGGGAGAGUCGUUUGGAGGCUCGAUUGUUCCAUUCGCCCGCAAGAAGAGACAGACAAGCAGACCUGGCGAAUGCUUGUGCAAUUCAAAUAACGAGUGCCCAGCUGGACCGGCUGGACCUCCAGGAACCCCAGGACAGGAUGGAACUCCUGGACAUCCAGGAGAGCCUGGCGCUCCUGGACUCCCAGGACAUUAUCCAGCUAUCAAUAUGGACGCCCACCAACAAUGCCGCAUGUGCCCACCAGGUCCACCAGGAUAUCCGGGACCAGCUGGACCACCAGGAGCUCCAGGAGAUAAGGGCAACGAUGGUGUUCCAGGACUCAAGGGACCAGACGGUCAUCCAGGUCAUCCAGGAAAUCCAGGAUACGGUGGAGAACCGGGAGCACCAGGAAAGAACGGAGAACCAGGAGAGAAGGGACGCGACGGGCAGAAAGGAUCGAAAGGUGCACCGGGACCUGCUGGACCACCUGGACCAUCCGGACAGCCAGGAUUCCCGGGACAAGCUGGAAACGACGGUAAUCAAGGUGUUCCGGGAAUCCAAGGACCACCAGGAUCGCCAGGAGAAGACGGAGCUCCGGGAGCCCCUGGAUUCGAUGGCCAACAAGGACCAACUGGAUCCCCAGGAGAGGAUGCAAACUACUGCAAAUGCCCACCAAGAUCAAAACUUUCUCGUUAG